AACCUGCAGGUCAGAAGGUGAUAUGCACACGUAAAUGUACUUCUGUAAAUGCACAGAUGUUCUGAAAGAAUGCACAAGAAACUGGUAACAGGUUGCUGCUGCGGUAGGUCCUGAAGUAGGAACCUGCUUCAUUAGGCAGCUCGCUAGGCAAUGGGGACAUGGUUGCCGCAAGAGUUCACUUAAGGCUUUCAGAAUUCAGGGCGAGCCUUGACAAGGCAAACAAACUUGGUCUUGCUGAUAUUGACCAACUCUUAGGAUUCAGAAUACAGUGCUUCCGGCCAACCAGCUGCCAUCUCUCUCCCCACUCAAGCAGACUGGUGAUCGACAGCAUCCACAUCAGGAUCUAUAGGCUGUGACUUAGGAAAAAAGAAGUGUUUCCCCAUUCCAUUGCCAAGAGGAGCCUUGUGGUUUAAAUCAACCUGCAUCCCUUUUUGUGAUGCUUAGUCCACUGGUAAAACUCCCAGAGUCAACUCCAAAGAAAGCUGAGGUUGCCAGGAUACAUCCAGGCGACAAAGGCAGGGGUUCCUGCUCCUGGCAGCCAGCCUCACCUCCUAAAAGAACUCCUGCAAGAGGGGAGGUGAGUCCUGGAUCUCCCAUCUAUUCUACUCCUGUUUCCACCAACUACCCCACCAAGGAAUUCAGCAAGCCAUGACAAAAGCCGAAAUAGAAAAAUAAAGAAUGAGUAUUACAAGAUCUUGGAGGCGUCUGAGGUUUCAUGGGGACUUUCCAGCAUUCCAGACUGCUGCCCUGCAAUGAAGCUCUGAGUCACAGUCUUUGGGUCUAAGGUACUGGCUACGAUGUGGAACCCCAGGACAGCCAACCUGACUAACCUUCACUCUAAGCAGAAGCCCAAAAUGCGUCUGGCCUGAAAUCAGAGCAAGCCCUAGAGAAAGCCUUCUUUGUUAAUGGAAAGAAAAGAGGAGAAAAGGGUUUCCACAUUGCAACAGUCUUUCCACCAUUCCAAAAAGCCCACCUUUCUUAUAAACCAAGCUGUUCUAUUUGGUGAGUCCCAUUCUAGCUUCUUGCCAGAAAUAGAGCAUGACAAUCGGGGUGAAAAAAUAAAGACGAACCCUCGGAAAAACAGACCUGGAACUGUAAUUCUCUCAAAGCAGUCCAGUAGGAGGAUUAUGUCUGAAAGCCAGCCCAGGCCUCCCGUGAUCCCAUCCCGCAGGCCCGGGUUCCGGGUGUGCUAUAUCUGUGGCCGAGAAUUUGGGUCCCAGUCCCUUGGCAUUCACGAACCCCAGUGCCUGGAGAAAUGGCGUGUUGAAAACAGCAAGUUGCCCAAGCACCUGCGGAGGCCAGAACCUUCCAAACCACCGCCUCUCAGCGGAAGUGGGUCCUACAACCUUCAGGCAGUGAAUGAGGCAGCCUUCCAGAGUUCCCAGGCUCAGCUGCUGCCCUGUGAGUCCUGCGGCCAUACAUUCUUGCCAGACCGGCUUCUUGUUCAUCAGAGAAGCUGCAAGCAGAAGGUUGAGGGGCCUAGGGCACCAAGCCCGGACAGAUCUGAUGAUCUUGCUGGUCUCAAGAAAGCUUCCAGUGGCAUCACAACCCGACCAAGGACUGUCAUCUGCUACAUCUGUGGGAGGGAAUUUGGUACCCUGUCCCUUCCUAUCCAUGAGCCCCAAUGCCUGGAAAAGUGGAAAAUAGAAAAUGACCGACUCCCCAGGGAGUUCCGCCAGCCACUCCCACAGAAGCCUCAGCCCCUCCCCACCGGACAGCCCAACCACGCAGGACCACAUCAAAGUCAGCUCGUGUCCUGCCCAAAUUGUAGUCGGACCUUUGCCCCCGACCGCCUUCCAGUACACCAGAGAAGUUGUAAAGCUCAACCUAGUGGACUGAAAUUUCAGGAUUUGACAUUAGGGAGUAGAGGUGGUCUGAAAAAGUCCACUAAUUCCAAGCCUCAGAGGAAUAUGGCAGCAUGCCCUGUGACUGAUAAGUUGCAUUACUUGGGCAAAUGUCAGGCACGUUUUCCAAACUUCCAUGUUUAAAAUGAAAUGAUCUUUCACUUACUGGCUCAGAAGAUUCCAAAACAAUGAUUCUAAAGCCGAAGAGUCAGACUAAUGGGCAUAUUUUCCGAUGAACUUGAAGAAAGAACAGCUAGUUUCUUUGCCGAAUGAAAACCCAAACUCAUAAGUGUGGCAUGGGCUUCAGGCUGGUCUCAUAAACAUGAACUGUUUUUCUCAUC